AUGUUGCAGGAGGAGUCGGAUCUUUCUCUCGUUAUUGCCCAGAUAGUCCAAAAGCUCAAGGGCUCCAAUUUGUACGCUCAGUUGGAACGGCAGGCCUGGGCCAGUCUUCAGAGACCUGAGAUUAAACUUGAAUCACUAAAAGAAGAUAUUAAGGAAUUCUUUAAAAUAUCAGGUUGGGAGAAGAAACUUCAGAAUGCUGUUUAUAGUGAACUGAGUGUGUUUCCUUUACCUAGCCAUCCUGCUGCACCUCCUGAACAUCUCAAAGAACCUUUGGUAUACAUGAGGAAAGCACAGGGAAGUUGGGAAAAAAGAAUUUUGAAGAGUUUAAAUAGUAUGUGCACUGAACUGAGUAUCCCAUUGGCACGAAAGAGGCCAGUUGGAGAACAGAAAGAACUUCUCAAUAAAUGGAAUGAAAUGGGAACUGAUGAACCAGAUUUAAGCCUUUUCAGACCUGUUUAUGCACCCAAGGAUUUUCUGGAGGUGUUAAUUAAUCUUCGCAACCCAAAUUAUGAAAAUGGUGAUUCUCUUAGUUUCAGGACUCAUUUGGGUUUAAUCCAAGUUCCUCUGAAAGUAAAAGACAUCCCUGAAUUGAAAGAAUUCUUUGUAGAAUUGGGCUUAACUACAGGACAGCUGGGUAUAGAUGAUUCUACACAAGUGCCUCCUGAACUUUUUGAAAAUGAGCAUGUACGUAUUGGGCAAAAAGUUCUAGCAGAACAAGAUAGUGCCGCUGCUCAACAGUAUAUCAGACAAGGAAGCCCCACAGCACUGAGAGCAGAAUUAUGGGCUCUCAUUUUGAAUAUUUCCAGUCAACCUGAGGAUAUCUUAUAUUAUGAGCAGCUCAAGACCAAUGUGAUACAACAUGACCUUUUGGUGGAUAGUCUAAUCUAUAAAGAUGUGAAGUUGACAGCAAGCAAUGAUGAUUAUUAUUUUGUAUUUGAAGACUAUUUAUAUCAGGUAUUACUUUGUUUCUCCCGGGAUACAUCUGUGUUGGGUCAUUUUGCGUACAACAGCGCUUCACCACCGAAAUCAUACAUCAGAGGAAAACUAGGACUAGAAGAAUAUGCAGUAUUUUAUCCACCAAAUGGUGUAAUCCCUUUUCACGGAUUUUCAAUGUAUGUUGCACCGCUUUGUUUUCUGUACCAUGAACCUUCCAAACUGUAUCAGAUAUUCCGUGAGAUGUAUGUGCGUUUUUUCUUCAGACUACAUUCCAUCUCUUCUCACCCUUCUGGUAUUGUGUCCCUCUGUCUGCUGUUUGAAACUCUUCUUCAAACUUACCUCCCCCAGCUCUUUUAUCAUCUACGAGAAAUUGGGGCUCAACCGCUACGCAUAUCCUUUAAAUGGAUGGUUCGAGCUUUCUCUGGAUAUUUAGCUACAGAUCAACUCCUGCUUUUGUGGGAUAGAAUCCUAGGAUACAACUCUCUGGAAAUUCUUGCUGUCCUGGCAGCUGCUGUGUUUGCUUUCCGAGCAGUGAACCUGAUGGAGGUGACAUCACUGGCUGCAGCUGAAGCAGUUCUUGCUGACCUUUCUACCUUAAAAGUUAUGCCUCUUCUUCAAAUUUUUCUGUUUGCUACUGUCACCUGA